ACAACCUCAAACGGACCUAGCAGGGGCUUUCUGCUGAAGGACACUGCUUAGCAUUGAGAACAGUUCACCCCACUGCCUUACGGAUUACCAGCUGUCAGACGUCUCUGCAAUGCCGCCUCGGGAACCCCUCGCAGGAGACCAGCAUCUCAGCACCGGACCUUGUGCACGGCCGCACUCUUCAGGCUGAAUUCAAGAUCCCCCUUAUUCGUGAGGCACCAAGAACUAUGAACAGACAGGGCAAGAGAAGGACAACAAAAGAAGCUUCCAGUCAUUUGAAAUUCCAGGACUUCGGUCUGCCAAAAAAUAGGUCAUGGCCUCGAAUCAACAGUGCCACCGGCCAGUACCUGAAUACUGAGGAGCCUCCUCCCUGUGAAAGAAAGUCUGCUGCAACGGGCCUGGAGGGAGCAAAAGACCUCAGAGAUGGCGACUAUGAAGACCCAGAACUUCGUAUGGUAGAGGCAGGGCGAACGAUAAAAAUUUUACCAGCCAGGCCUAUAAAGGAAUCUGAAUAUGCAGAUACGCGCUAUUUCAAGGAUAUGAUGGACACUCCCUUUUCCUUGGACGCCCAGCCCUCCGUCCCCACGGAGGGCCAACACUGGCACACACGGAUGGGGCUGGAAGAAGUGAACAAACAAAUUUCCAAGGAUUCCAGAAGCCAACACGUUAAAGGAGACAGACCCGCAAAGGAAAGCAAGACUCCUUUCCCACCUCCUCGGCCACCUGGCAUUCUUCCGAAGAAGUACCAGCCCCUGCCGCCCCAGCCAGAGAGCAGCUGGUCACCCCUCCCUCAGAGGCUCGCCUUUCCCAACGUCCAGAGAGAACCCAGACAGAUAAGCUUAAAGGACUUACGUGAGGUCCUCGGAACAGAGAGAGUCCCUCAUUGCCAGAUGAAGCCUGAAUCGAUUCACCUGUCACAAAAUCAAAGUACUCAAGAGACUCCUCUUGCCAUCACCAGCUCACCACUCGUGAUGAAAAACCAAAGUGCACAAAACAGAGAUCAUAAACACAGCACCCAGCUCCAUCCUCCCCAGAGAUGUCAGUCUCCAGCCUGCUAUGGCCCUCAGGAAACUUUGCCGCACUGUCAAAACACAGGCUGGAGAAAACCUUUCCCCACAAGUUCUGAUGAAAAGGAUGUCCCGCAAAACAACUGGUACGUUGGAGAGCACAGUCGCCAGGCAGCGGAGGAGGCAUUAAGGAGGGAGAACAAGGAUGGCACUUUCUUGGUCCGAGACUGUUCCACGAAAUCCAGGGCAGAACCCUACGUUUUGGUGGUGUUUUAUGGGAACAGAGUCUACAACGUGAAAAUCCGUUUCCUGGAGAAGAAUCAGCAGUUUGCCCUGGGGACAGGACUCAGGGGAGACGAGAAAUUUAAUUCGGUGGAAGACAUGAUCGAACACUACAAGUAUUUUCCCAUCGUACUAAUUGACGGGAAAGAUAAAACUGGAAUCCACAGGGUGCAAUGCUAUCUAACACAGCCGCUCUCCUUCAGCAGAUGCUUCUCGCCGUGGUAGCCUGGGCUCUGUGUUCUCUCUGGUUCAGGGGAUCCGAUGCCUCCACCCAUUUUCCAAUGAGUUCAAAAGAUGACGUUCUGUGGCUUCGAGGGAUCACUUUCUUGACCUCGGGGAAAAAGAAAAACCUUUUACCAUGGAAACUGGAAAUUCAAUCUCAGUUUCGAAAGUUCAAGCCACAGAAGAAAUAUCUAUAAGAAGCAAAAAAAUAAAAACUGGCUUUUAAAAGCGUAUCAUCUAAAGAGAAAACUGUAAAUGUGGUCCUUGUGCCUAUGUCACAGAUGAGAAAUAAAGGUGACAAGGUUUGCUGAAAUAUUUGCAAUUCGCACAGGACAGAUCUA